CUUUACUUCCAUUUUUCUGACAACAACUUAUUCUCACCAAAAUAAGAACUUUCAGAGCUCAGAAGCUUAGAGGCAAAUAGCAAUGGAGAAUUCAUCGUGCGCUGCAGCAUGCCAUUUUCUGGUCCUGCAAGAGGCAUGUGUUAUCAACCUCUUCCUCAAAUUCCUCACCUGCUGGUCCGUCUCAGUGUUCCAGAUUCACCUCCCCUGCUCAUGCAAAUGCUGCAACUGCAACCAUAGCUCUUCUGAGAAGGUGACACAGACACCGGUUAUUACCACAGACAAAGAAGUAAUAGAGAGAAGGAAAAAAGAUCAAGAUAAUAAGACGGCCCUGACACAAGAAGAUAUCAAGACGGUAAUGAUAAGCAUAGGUUUUAAUUUGGAUCAAGAGAACAGCAUGGCCAUUGGCAAUGUUUCUAUACCUCGGAUUUUCGACGACGACGAGCCAAGCUUGCAGGAGGUACGGGAGGCAUUUUUGGUGUUUGAUCAUAAUAAUGAUGGGUACUUCGACGCAUCGGAUUUGCAGCGAGUGCUCAAGAGUCUAGGACUAGGGGAAGGUGUAGGGAUGGAUGAUUGCGAGCAGAUGAUCGCCAAGUAUGACAUGAACAAGGACAGGAGAAUAGAUGUUUCUGAGUUUACCAAGGUUUUGGAGUCUGGCAUUAAUUUGCUAAACUAAUUUGUUUUUGUGUGUGUUUGCUUUCCCAUGUUCUAGCAGCUAAGUGAUUGAUGAUAACAGGAUAUAUGAUGAGAUUUGGUCUUGA